GAAGAGGACCAGGGCUUCGGUACAAUGACUGCAUCCAAAGACCCGACCAAGAAGAAGCCAAAAGAGGCUCAGCAGGAUGAGGAGUUUGUGGACGUCAGCCCCCCACAGAGGAACUGGAAGGGCAUCGCCAUCUCUCUGCUGGUGAUCGUGGCGGUCUGCUCGCUCAUCACCAUGUCCGUGGUCGUCCUCACACCUGCGGAGCUCCCCAGCAGCAGCCAGUCCAGACUGACGGUGGCGGAUCUGUAUAAACCGGAGUUCAGCGUCCACGACCCCGAGGCCAAGUGGAUCAGUAAUUCAGAGGUGGUGUACAGGAACCGCGACGGUCACGUCAUCAAGUUCAACUUCGCCUCCAACGAGACGGAAGUCAUUCUGACCAACAGCACGUUUGUGGCCUUCAAGGUGGUAAAGUACUCGCUCUCUGCAGACUUGAAGUAUGCGCUCUUCGCUUACGAUGUCAAACAGAUGUACAGAUAUUCGUACACGGCGUCGUACAUCGUUUACAACAUCUACACCAGGGAGGUCUGGGAGCUAAACCCUCCGGAGGUUCACAACGCGGUGCUCCAACAUGCAGCUUGGGGAAGACAAGGACAACAGCUGAUCUACAUCUUUGAGAAUAACAUCUACUACCAGUCAGAUGUGAAGAGUAACUCUCUGAGAAUCACCUCCUCUGGGAUGGAGGGAGUCAUCUUCAACGGAAUCUCCGACUGGUUGUACGAAGAGGAGAUUCUGCGUUCUCACUUGGCUCACUGGUGGUCGCCCGACGGAGAGCGACUGGCCUUCCUCACCAUCAACGACUCACUGGUUCCCAACAUGGUUCUGCCCCAGUUCACUGGGAACACCUACCCCAGAGGACUACAGUACCCGUAUCCUACGGCCGGUCAGAAAAACCCUGUCGUCAAGCUGUCCGUGGUCAACCUGUUCGGAGUGACACACACUCAAGAACUGCAGCCUCCUGAUCAGUUCAGGCUCAGGGAUUUCUACGUCACCAUGGUGAAGUGGAUCAGUAAUACUCACCUGGCGGUUCGCUGGAUCAACCGUCCCCAGAAUGCAUCACUGCUGACGGUGUGUGAAGCCACCAUCGGAGUCUGUCUGCAGAGACAUGAGGAGUCUUCAGAGACGUGGCUCUCCAUGCAGAGACAAGAGCCGCUGUUCUCCAAGGACAGGAGCAGGUUUUUUCUCUCUCUUCCUGUGAAACAAGGAGGUCAGGGAGACUUCCACCACAUCACAAUGUUCUCCAAAAAGUUACGAAGUGACCAGGACGAAGUUCGACACUUGACGUCAGGAGACUGGGAGGUGACAAAGAUCAUCGCUUACGAUGAAAACAACCAGAUCAUAUACUUUCUGAGCACAGAGGACGCUGCACAUCAAAGACAUGUAUACAGUGUGUCCACCCUCGGCCUGUUUCCGCGACGAUGCCUCACCUGUGGACUGAGGGAGGAGUGUUCGUUCUUUGACGCCGACGUCAACACGGACGCACAGUACGCCAUCCUGCAGUGCAAAGGUCCUGGUGUUCCAGCUGUGCUGCUUCUGAAUCUGGACGAUGUGGACUCGUACUUCAUCUUGGAGAACAACGUCCCUCUGCGGUCGGCGCUGGAGACUAAAAAGAGGAUCCAGACGGAAAUCCGGAUGAUCACUAAUUAUGAUCUGCCUCUGAAGCUCAUCUAUCCUCCCAACUUCUCCGAGUCCUACCUCUACGGCCUUCUCCUCAUUGUUAUUAGUUCCCCGGGCAACCAGGCGGUGACGGAGGAGUUCAUGCUGGACUGGGACUCGGUGCUGGUGGGGUCAGACCAGGUCAUCGUAGCGCGACUGGACGGCAGAGGGUCGGGGUUCAGAGGUCAAAGGGUUUUAAAGCAGCUCCAUGGGAGGCUCGGCAGCGUGGACGCAGACGACCAGUUAGCAGCUCUGGAAUAUCUGGUGAAUCUGCCGUUCAUCGAUCACAGUCGUGUGGGAGUCUUUGGAGAGGACUACGGAGGCUUCCUCACACUCACGAUGCUGAAGUCGACUGAGAAGCUGAUCAGAUGUGCAGCCGCUCAGGCUCCCAUCACCGACUGGUCCAUGUACGCGUCGGUGUUUUCAGAGAGAUACCUCGGUGUACCUUCAACUGAGGAGAACGCAUACCAAGCAUCCAAAGUCCUGACCAACAUGAAAGGUCUGCAGGGAGGAACUCUGUUUCUGGCUCACGGCACAGCCGACGCAAACGUCCACUUUCAGCACUCGGCAGAGCUCAUCAAACACUUGAUAAAGAUCGGGGCCAACUACACCAUGCAGAUCUACCCAGACGAGGGUCACUUCCUGUCAACGGGCAGCCGGAUUCAGCUGAUUCACUCCCUAAUUGGUUAUUUCAGAGGAUGUCUGAUUGACCCAUCAUUAUUACUCGACCACCACAAAUGAGAGGCAAACGUGUGUGUGUGCGUGUGCGUGUGUGUUGUGUGUUUUAUAUACCUGUAGCACAACGUUUAAUGGACGAAACAAUCUUCUCAACAUAUCACAUAUAGUUUCUCAGUAGAAUAAAGCAAGUAUCAUAAUGCAAAUAGAGUUCAGUACCUGAAAUAUUUCAUCUCUCUCGCUGACAUAGCGGAGAAAAUGUUACAUUUAUGUGUUAAAUUCUACAAAAUGUGGGGGAUGUUUGGAGGAGGAGAUGAUUUAAAAAAUGACUAUUUUUGAUGCUAACACUCUCUAAAGCAUAACGGGCACAACAACUACUGAAAUUAGCACAAAUUCUGGCUUUUUCAUGUUAUUUUUUUGCCUUUGUGUUGUGUGAAGGUGAGAAAACAGCAAGUUUUAACGAGAAGUGACUCAUUAACGCAUAAAUAAGCAACAAUCAAAGUUUAGAUUGGACAAAACCAUCCAACAUCUUGCCUCUGCUAAAUAUAUUUUCUUUAAUUCUUCUUCUCUCUUCAGUGUUUUUUGUUUUUUUUGUUGCCUAGUUUUAUGUAAAUAGAUUUUUUUUUUUUAGAAUCCCAUUAUGUAUUAAGAUCUUUCUCUAAACAGAGUGUUUUUUGUUUUGAUGCUAAUUGCACCAAUCUGGUCCGUCAGACAUGAAACCAAUUAAAAAAAAACGCAUCAUCCUUGAUCCUCCAAAUCUUCCUGAGAGACUAAAACUCUAUCUGAAGGUGAUUAACAUGCACGGGAAACAUUUGGGAAUGUUUCUUAAAACCAAUUUGUCAUAUUUAGUGUUGUAUAUUUAUGUGUUGACAGCUGAACUGUUUUACAAAUAUGGUUCCAGAUUUGUGAAGUCAUUAAGCCUUUAAUUAGACAAUAAUAGUGCUAAACAGAUGUAUUUAUUUACUA